CAAGGCGACAGCCUCGAACCCAUCUCCUUCUUCUCUGACCUCGGUCCAACCCCAAACACCACGCCGCUUCUGGUCUCUGGAGAGAUUAGAUACGAUUCUCCUUGGUUACUGCUUCGGCCUUCGAAUUUAGUAGCAGGGUUGUUGAGUCGUCCGUCGAACAAAACUGGAAGACUCGUCGCUUUUACGACUUUACCCUUCUCCUGCACCUGAUUUCUUCUCCCACUAAGAAGCAAGCGACGAGAGAGGAGACCAAGAGAGGGGCCCUCCAUCCAUUCUUUUUUCCCUUCUUCCAAACCCCCCUUUCUUCUUCUCUCUCUGGGGUGGUCAUGGAGAAGAGGCAUCAGCUCCUCGUUAUCUUGUUACUCUUAGAAGCCUUCUUCUUGUCUGGAAGAUCUCAGUCGUACAUCGGGAUAAACUACGGGGAGGAGGCGGACAACCUCCCACCGGCGUCGGCGACGGCGCAGCUCCUGCAGUCAACGACUAUCGGAAAGGUCCGGAUGUACGGCGCCGACCCGGCCAUCAUCCAGGCCCUCGCCGGCACCAACAUAUCCCUCGUCCUUGGCACCACCAACGCCGACAUCCCCUCCUUUGCCACCGACCCCUCCGCCGCCUCCCGCUGGGUCUCCGCCAACAUCCUCCCUUUCAUCCCCUCCUCCUCCAUCGCGACCGUCUCCGUCGGCAACGAGGCCCUCAAUUCCGGCGACCCCUCCCUCGCCUCCAACCUCCUCCCGGCCAUGCAAAACCUCCACUCCGCCCUCUCCUCCGCCGGCUCCACCGCUGCCUCCAUCAAGGUCUCCACCGUCCACUCCAUGGCCGUCCUCUCCCAGUCCGAACCCCCCUCUUCUGGCGCCUUCCACUCCGACCUCGCCCCCACCCUCGCCGGAGUACUCGCUUUCCUCCGCGACAACGGUUCCCCAUUCAUGAUCAAUCCCUACCCCUACUUCGCCUACCGCGACGACCCUCGCCCCGAAACCCUGGCCUUUUGCCUCUUCCAACCCAACUCCGGCCGCUUCGAUGCGGGCUCCAAGAUCACCUACACCAACAUGUUCGACGCCCAGGUCGACGCGAUCCACUCCGCCCUCAACGCUGCCGGCUUCCCCGACGUCGACAUCGUCGUGGCCGAGACCGGCUGGCCCUACCGCGGCGAUCCUGGCGAGGCCGGAACCACCGUCGACAACGCCAAGGCAUUCAACGGAAACCUCGUCGCCCAUCUCCGGUCCAUGGCCGGGACGCCACUAAUGCCCGGCCGGCCUGUGGAGACCUACAUCUUCGCGCUCUACGACGAGGACCUCAAGUCCGGGCCGACCUCGGAGCGAUCAUUCGGCCUCUACCGUACCGAUCUCACCAUGAACUACGACGCCGGCCUCUCCAAGUCCAGCUCCGGCGGCGGGUCCAGCCCCAGCCCCUCCCAGGCGAAUUCCAUGCCUCCGCCGCCGGCCGGGCCGGCAGCGAUGGGGCAGCAAUGCGUGCCGGGGACGGUGGCGCAGGCUAGCGCGGACGGCGGUCCGAUCCAGUGCUACCUCCCCAGCGCCGUCGGAUCGAAGGCGCCUCCAACGAUGGACCUCUUGUACUGGAUCGACUUUCUAGUGAAUCGCCGGCUGAGAUCGAACGGUUUCAAUGUUUUCGUCAUGCAUCGCACUUUGUGUUUUUCUUUUUCUUUUUUAUUUUACGCGACGCUGUCGCUUUUGUUGAUCUAGCCGCGCGCGUAUACAUACGGGAUGUUAUAAGCCUCGGGGCGUGCGCAUGUAAAAAAUAUAUGCGGACGUGGGAUAGCCGCCCGUUUUGCUCCCCUGGUGGUCUCCUUGUCUCGAAGUCGGUGUAAUGCGGAGCACGUAAGGCUAGGCGGGGGGCAGUGGGAUUCGCUUAUGAAUUUCUAUGUGCUCAUCGGGGAAUGAGCAUUGUCCCAACUGUGUUUCCUUUGAUCGUCGGUGUUAGUUUGUUUAUUCUAAUUCCUGUAUAUAUAUGCGGGGAGCUAACUUUAUUUGGAGUGGAGGUAUGUAAGUGCUUUGUGUUUCUUUCUUUGAUGCUUGUCUUUUCGAGCAUGAAUGGAAUAAAAAGAAAGGAAAAGUUGUGAUCUA